AACUCUUUCCGUACUCACGACGACUAUACGCGUCACAAAAAAGUGUUCCCGUAUCCUUCACGACGAUUACACUCGUCGCAGUAAACAUGCCUUCCAUCCUUUGUGACGAGUACACACGUCGUGAGACACGUGUGUUGAUAGGUUGUAAUGAGCAGACGACAUGUAUAAUGAGCCAAUAAAAAUUAUUAAAAAUAUGAAGAUGAUGCUUUGUUUCAUUUGUUACACGCGUAUUAAUUGGCUAAUUAGGUCAUGUGGUUAAUUAUCGGUGCGUUUUCACCGGCUCUGUGUACACUGACAACAAAGAUGGCGGACUCGGAUUCCACUUUCGAUUUCAACUGGGACACAGACGAAAAUGACUCAGAUUUUGAAGGUUUCGGCCCUGAAGAGUUAUCAGAUGAUUCUGAUGGUUCCGAUAUCCUAUGGUCAUCAGAUGAUGAUGAGCCAUUAGCUGAUUUAAUGCCACUCGGCCAUCUGAUAAAUACCGUGAAUGAAAUCGACGUACCUGCAUCAUCAUGGAGCCAUAAUCUAAAGCCGGUAGUCAUAGACGAGUUCGACCAACCAACGGGACCCGUGAAUGUACUUGACGAAGGGAAGAAAGAAAUCGACUUCUUCACCCUACUUUUCCCAUUCACCUUGUUUCAAUUGAUGACCACACAGACAAAUCUCUACGCAUCGCAGAAGACAGCAUCGAAGCCGGACUCGAAGUGGAGCGUGACGUCACCAAGUGAGAUGAAGGCUUUCGUUGGGAUACAUAUUCUCAUGUCAAUUUUGGACCUGCCCAACUAUAAACUGUAUUGGAGCCAAGACUGGUUGUUUAAGACGUCACUUCCUUGUAUUAUGACACGACCAAGAUUUGAGAAACUUCUGCAGUACUUCCAUCUAAGCGAUUCAACUACAGUCAUCCCACGCGGACAACCUGGCCAUGAUAAACUUCAUCACAUUCGUUCCUUCAUGACCAAUGUCCAGACUUACAUACGACGUGAAUGGAACCUAGGACGAGAUGUUGCCAUAGAUGAAGCGAUGAUUGCUUACAAAGGACGCCUAGGAUUCAAGCAGUAUCUACCUGCUAAACCUGUCAAGUUUGGAAUAAAGGUGUGGGAGAAGGCAGAUUCCUCAAAUGGUUAUGUCCACCAGUUCCAGGUAUAUACGGGGCGUGCAGGAAACCCAGAUGGUGAACGAGAAGUAGGACUAGCGGGAAGGGUUGUUCUUGACCUUAGCAGGGACAUGCUAAACAAGAACCACCAUCUGAACAUGGACAACUUCUUCUCCAGCCCUGCCCUCUUCACCAGGCUGCUUCAGGAUGGUAUAUAUGCUUGCGGUACUGUGAGGGCAACUCGACAGUGAUAUCCAAAGGAGCUGCAGAAAGGUUGUGUGAAGAAGAAGGGAGACCAUUUGUCUAUGCAGAAGGGACCCCUCAGCACAUCUGCUUGGUUUGACAACAAACAAGUAAAUUUCUUAUACACGAAUGUAGACGCCACAAAACUUAGUGAGGUAAGCCGGAAGAAGAAAGACGGCACAACACAUGUCUCCCUGGCACCUGAAGC